AUGCUGUUUGUCAUCAAAGCGUCGCUCACACUCGGUGUGUUCAGAAGGCCGAAAACAAUAGGGAGUCCACUAGGUUGCGAGAAAGUAUGCUCAUGUGAAAAUGGUGGCACGUGUGAUCGUCUCACUGGUCAGUGCAAAUGCCCUCCAGGAUUCACUGGUUUAACAUGCAAUCAAGUUUGUCCGGAAGGCCGUUGGGGUCCCGGAUGCAAAGACAAGUGUCGCUGUGCUAAUGGAGCUCAUUGUGACCCAGCGACUGGAGAGUGCAAGUAA